AUGGCCUUUUCGCCGUCCAGCGUCGACGGCCCGUGCGCCGGCGGGGCCGAGCUGAACGGCGAGUGUGAAGACGCUGACGAGCGCGUGAGCGAGGGUAACGGCGAGGAAGACGAGAACCUGGAUGAAGGCGACACCGCUGGGGAAGACAAGAACGCAAGCAACGACUUCUUCGAGAACGGCAUCCCCCCCCUCGAUCGCGCCGAAAACUCCAGCGAUGUCUCCUCGGUAGUCAGCGCUGUCUCGUGGUCCUUCCCGAUCUCUCCUUCUCCCUCGGUCGCUGGUUUGUCGGAAAAAAAUGUGCACGUCUCUGCCGUGAACAUGCAACCAGCCCCGGAGACGCCGCCCUCUGGAGAGCGACUGACGCCACGCCAGGAACUUCCGCACAGCACCUCCCCUGAGGCACCGACUGCUGGAACCGGUGUGGACGCUGCGAGCGCCGGAGGCUUUGCUGUGCCGGAGCCGAUUCACGCGCCUCCUCAGACCCACAGACCCAGAGGAAGAGGCAAGCGGGCGAAUCGAGGCUUGAGAGGUCGAAUUCUCAUCCCCGCGAGAGCGCAGUGGGCUCGCAUGCGCGCCGAACGCGCUGCCUUGGCUGCGGCCGAGGCAGCCCAGGCUUCUUCCACUUCUCCCGGCGACGCUGCGUCCAGAGGCGCGCCGAGCGCGCAUGCCAGCCCCGGAGAGUCGGCGGCGAACCCCCCCGGCGCAGGCCAGGGACUCGAGGCGGAAGAGCGACGGACGCUCGCAGGGGGCGACCUAAAGCGAUUCGGAAGCCUCCUGCUUAUACCCGGGAAAACGCGAAAAUGGAGAAAAGUGCGUCGGCGCGUCGGCAACGCUCGGGUCCAGAUCUGGGAGGAGAUGCCGAACUCCGCAGACCCUCUUCUUCAGGCUGUCCAGGCGAUGCUCCGGCACGGCGUCGCGUCUUCAACUCGCCGGUCUGUGCGCCACACUCGGGCGGUGGCAUGUCAUAUCAAAGAGACGACACGUCAAUAUCUUCAACAAACUUCCUCGACUGAAAACGCCGGCAGACCCAAGCCUUUCGUCGGGAGUUCCGCUCCUUCUCCCUGUUGUGCUUCGUCCGCUCCUCUGCCUUCUUCGUCUCCGUCACCCGCUCUUACAUCUUCUGUCUCCCUCCCGUCUCCUCUUCCUGAGCCGUCUCCGACUCCUGGCAGCGGAGCGCCUCCUCGAAGCGCGCCGGAGGAGACUGUCUGCUCCAGCCCAGGCCCGGGCGCCGCCUUGGAGGUGCCCAGCGCAUCUCUGGCCUGCCGCACCCCCGGUGCUCCCUCGGCAUCGGCAGCCGGCGAACUUGGCGAGGAGAGACUCGCCUCGCACGUACCUGCUUGCGGUGGACCUGGAGUCCCCUUGCCCGUGUCUCCGAGCCGAUGA